AUGGCGGAGAUCCAGUGCGGCCAGGUCCUGGAGUAUGAGCGGAUCGAGCUUGAGUCUCAUCUUGAGUGCAACCAGGUCCAGGUAUGUCGUUUUCAGUUGAUUGUCCACGUUCUGGAAACAGUACACUGUGCUCUGCCGGACAAUAUUUGCUGGAACUUUCGCGAUGUCGUUCGUGGUGAAGAUCACCGGCCGGUACGAGUACGUGAGGAGUUCCAUCGCGGCCGUCCAGAACUCCUUGUCGUCCUCGGGAUCGAUCAGAUCUACGUCGUCAAACAGAAUAAGGCCGUGGUCCUGGCUAUGUUUCACGUCUUUGGUGGUUCCUAUCUGUUUCAAGUGGAAGCUGAUGUUUCUGCGUGCUCUGUUCUGGCCUGA